AUAAUAUUAAAAACAAUAUUUCUACGUAAGGAUUUCAUUUUAGAAAUAUUUGAAAAAGAAUAUACCAAAACAAAGAUUCGAAAUUUAUUCGAGACCUUGGAUCAAUUAGAAGCGAGUUUAACAUUUUCUCGUAUUUUGGAAUCCGAACAAUGGCUACGAUAUUCCGCUUUAAAAGCACAAAAAGUUGCUAUGGUCGAUGAUCUCAGGAAAGCUAAUAAACUGAAUAAAAAUAUGUUGAAUUUAUUCAGACAAAGUGUAACGGACGCACGUAUUGGAAAUACGGAUACCUUACCGGAACCUUUGAAAAGAGAAGUGCAACGGAUUUGGCACAGAAAGUACGACGAUUUGUUAAAGCAAAACGAACGACUAAAGAAAGAAAUCGUUACAAUGAACGCUCACGUCGAAGAGAAGAAUAAACAGAUAGAGGUACUCGAACGAAAGUUAUUGAAUAUGGCUGAAAAUUUAAUAGAACGCGAAGAAGCGAUAAAGAGAGUCUGUACCAAAUAUUUGAAUCUUAAAAAACGUAAGGACGAGGAAGAAGUUUUAUUGAGAGGUUCGAUCGAGACAUUGCAGGAUGCGCUGCAAAAGGCACGUAACGCGAAUGUUUCGAGCAAGCCCGAGAUACGCCUUUCUUUAGGCAAAGAUGCUCAAUUGGCCAUGGAGAUACGACGAAGCGAUCGCUUGGUAUACGAGAACGCACUUUUAAGAGCGCAUUUGCAAGAGGCAAGACGUGCAUGCAAAAGCAGUAGAAGUAGCAGCGUCGUAUCUUUACAAAAGGAUUCCUUCAAAAUAUAAUUUCUCUGCUUUUACAUGCGUAUCAAUAAAUCAUUCUUCGGAUAUUAUAAUUGAAAUUUAUUGUUGCAACGGUGGUUCAGCUUUUUCUUUACGUAUAGUUAUAGAUAUAUGUUUCUGUAUAAUUCAUUAUAUCAGCAAAUAAUAACGUUACGCAUAAGGUUUCUUGAAAAUUGGAUUGGCAUUAAGUGAAUACAGGUGCUUCGCUAUAUGAACAGCGAAUUCGAAGACGGAAAGUCCACUUAGUGCGCUACGGCACUGGACUAUCGUGUAAUCGCUCUUUCUCAUAUUUCUCGUAAGUGAACAACAACAAAAAUAUUGUUAUCUUGAAUAAAUACUCGACUGUAGCAUGAUAAAAAAA